AUGACCAGAACGCGGCGUCUACUUCGAAAUAAAGAGAUCACGUACUCCGCCGCCAAAGAAGACGAAUCUAAUAUCCUCUAUCGGUUAGGAUAUCAUGAUAAACAAACCCAGUUCUUCGCUCAUCUUCGCGAGCGACGAGAUCGGAUGAAGGUGAUUGCCGCUCACCACCUGGGGUUACGAUCAUCGAAUGGCUGUCGCGUAGCGGACCAAGAAGAUUGGAUGCAUGGUAGCUUCAACGUUUGCAUCCCAAUUACGGUGGGUGAUUGGGAUGGAAAACGCGUCCUCAUCCGUUUCCCUCUUCCGUAUCGCAUCGGUGAGGAGACCAAUCCUGGCAACGGAGAUGAGAAGAUUCGGUGUGAAGCAGGCACCUAUGCAUGGCUGCAAAGAAAUUGUCCAGACGUCCCGAUUCCGCACUUGUAUGGAUUUGGCCUCUCGACUGGUGAAACUUUCACGCGAGUCCAGAAUCUUCCCAUAUUCCCCCGCAUGUUUCAGCAUCUCCGCCAAAAGGUUCUCUCAUGGCUUGGCUACCAAACCCCUUCAAACUAUGCUUGGCACCAGCUCGGCAGCCACAAUAUCUCUGAUGGCAUUCAUGGCGCUGGUUAUCUUUUGGUGGAGUACAUAGAACCCACCCAAGGAACUAUGCUGUCAAACACGUGGGCUCACGGCAGGUAUGAUAAGGGUUUGCGGGCAAAUCUAUUCCACAGCCUCUCUAGGAUCUAUCUGAGCUUCUGUCGAAUCCCCCUGCCAAGAAUAGGUUCUUUUAUCAUUGACGACGAUGGAGGUCUUCGCUUGAUGAAUAGGCCUCUCUCCAUUGAGAUUCAACAGUUGGAAAAUGAGAAGAUUCCAACGUACAUCUCUCGAGACUAUACAUAUUCGACGGUUAACUCCUAUAUUAGCGAUAUACUUGCUUUUCACGACAGUCGCUUCCGAAAUCAACCCAACGCCGUGAAUGACCGGACAGAUUGUAGUUGCCAAUUAGCCGCCUUAAGUGCAAUGCGCACGAUAACUCCUGCCUUCUUCCAGAGGGAUCUUCGCCGGGGUCCGUUUAGCUUCAUGCUGACGGAUGUUCACCAAAGCAACAUCUUUGUGGACGCCGAAUGGAAUAUCACUUGUCUUGUUGACCUAGAGUGGGCAUGCUCCAGGCCAAUAGAGAUGGUCGAACCUCCAUACUGGCUUACUAGCAAGGGGGUCGAUGAACUGGACGCAGCAGAAUACAAUUCUGUCCGAACAGAGCUGAUGGAGAUUUUGGCAGCUGAGGAGGAAGCCCGGACCACUCUGUCGAGUAAUGAAGGGGGCUUGCCGCGACUUUCGGAUGUGAUGAAUCGAGCCUGGGAAUCGGGUACGUUUUGGUACACGCUAGCCCUCUCUAGCCCUUCUGGCAUGUUCACAAUCUUCGACCAACAUAUAAGGCCUUUAUUUUGCCCCAAGUAUGGAGACAUGUUCAAUGCGAUCAUGCCAUUCUUCUGGGAGAGGGAUGUGGGCUAUAUUACGGACCGUAAGCUCUCUGACAAAGAGGAGUACGACCGCAAUCUUCGACAGGCCUUUGGAUACACUGAUUCAGACAAAAUACCUGUCUAG